AAGGAGAAGGGGAAGAUGCCUCCUGAGGACCUCCUGAAAUGGAGCCACGAACUUUGCAGGAAGCCCUUGUUGAUGCCUCUCUCUGUGUCGUUGCAGGCAAAGGACAGUGAUGAUGACGAUGAAGUCACCGUCAGUGUGGACCGGGACCGCUUCAUGGAUGAAUUCUUUGAGCAGGUGGAAGAAAUUCGAGGGUUCAUCGACAAAAUCUCAGAGAACGUGGAGGAAGUGAAGAGGAAGCACAGCGCCAUCCUCGCUUCGCCCAACCCCGAUGAGAAAACAAAGGAAGAGCUGGAGGAGCUGAUGUCUGACAUCAAGAAGACAGCGAACAAAGUGCGCUCCAAGCUAAAGAGUAUUGAGCAGAGUAUUGAACAAGAGGAAGGGCUCAACAGGUCAUCUGCUGACCUGAGGAUAAGGAAAACUCAGCACUCGACGCUGUCGCGCAAGUUCGUGGAGGUGAUGUCGGAGUACAACGCCACGCAGACCGACUACCGGGAGCGCUGCAAGGGCAGGAUCCAGAGGCAGCUGGAGAUCACUGGCAGGACCACCACCAGCGAGGAGCUGGAGGACAUGCUGGAGAGUGGCAACCCAGCCAUCUUCUCUUCUGGGAUCAUCAUGGAUUCAAACAUCACCAAGCAGGCACUGAAUGAGAUCGAGACACGGCACAGUGAGAUCAUCAAACUGGAGAACAGCAUCAGGGAGCUGCAUGACAUGUUCAUGGACAUGGCCAUGCUGGUGGAGAGCCAGGGCGAGAUGAUCGACCGCAUCGAGUACAACGUGGAGCACUCGGUGGACUACGUGGAGCGGGCAGUGUCGGACACCAAAAAGGCGGUGAAGUACCAGAGCAAAGCCAGACGGAAGAAGAUCAUGAUCAUUAUCUGCUGCGUGAUCCUGGGCAUCGUCAUCGCCUCCACCUUCGGCGGGAUCUUCGGCUAGCCUCAUCCCACGGGACUGUUGGCGUGCGAUGGACGGAGCCGUGCGUGCCGCGGGGCCGCAGCCAGGCCGGCGCCGGCCGCCCAGCCCCGGAGCCUCCCAGCAGCAUUUCAGUUUCUAAUGCAUGGUUGUUUGUGACGCUGUGUGUGCGGUGCGGUGCGUCUGUGUGGAGGGAGCGCCGGCCCCGGGGCGCGGGCAGGGUGCAGGGGGGGGACGGUGAUGGGCCCGAGGGGGACCCGAGGAGGGGAACCCAAGCUCUCAUCACUGCUCCGGCCUGGGCAGCUGGAUGGGGCCGGGUUGGGACACAGGUGCUCCUGGGGGCUGCCCGCUCCUCCUGUGCCGGGUUAGUGACGGCUGAGGAGGGGCCGAUGGAGGGGUGGAGGGGUGCUUGGGAGUACAGCGCUCAGCCAACCUCCUCCGGCUGCCCCAUCACCUCCAGCCAGAGCUCUCCUGUCUGUCCAGCCGCAUCUGUGCUUGCAAACACCUUUCCUUGGGCUGCUUCUCUCACGGGGCCCUUCCCCAGGGGUGCUCACUCCCAGGCCCUGCCUGCCUCCCUCCCUCCUUGCCCAGGGCUCUGCCCCUGCCGCUCUGCCAAGGGCAGGGCUGCCCCCUCCCUAGGCAAGCCCUUGCCCAGGUGUGGGUGCCAGGGGCUGGACGUGUCGCUGCUGGUGGUGGGUGCCUGAUGGAGCUGUGUGGGAUGAGGAGCUACUGCUUGGGGUUAUCACAGUUGUGUGGGGAGGGGGACAGGCUACUUGAGGACCUGUGCUGCACCCUGAUGCUGGCCUGACAGGGCGGGAGGGCAGAGGUACUUUAAGGCCAGCUUGUUUCACUGGCUGCUUGCCCUGCACCACAGCCUC